UGCAAGGAUCAUCUUGGUGCUCCAUGAGAUUAGCAUUUCACAGCACUUUGUGUUCAAGGCUAUUGAACUAAACCAAACUCUUUCCCAUUUGCGGUGCGGAAAAGCCUGACCAAUAGCAGAUGUGCCACUACCAGACUGCGCAUUUGACCGCAUAGGCCACACUUAACCAAACCUCUUUCCAUAGACCUUGGCAUUGGUGUAUUCUAUCAGUUACUAUGCUUUUAAGUCAAAGUGUACUUUUCAUAGAUAGCCACGAUUUUCAUUUCAAAAUGAUGUCAACAGCAUGUGGCUAAAAACUGAAUAUUUCUCCUCAGCUUUUCCUAUUUCAAAUGCUGUUGGCCGACUAAGAAAAUUCUAUUUAAUACCUAGGAAUGUCCCGACAACCAAUACACCUCGAAAUAUUUGCAAACUGCAAAACUACACUGACUUUGUCACAGUUUAUGAUGAAGACGACAAUACAGAGCUAUAUACAUUGAUCAGUAACAUAAGUCUUCCAAGAAGUGCCUUGAUUGGUGCCCACACAAUUAACACAAACUACACCAGCAAAUGGUCAAAUGGUGAUGAUGUUACAUUCACUCAGUUAAAUGAGACUUGUAAUGAAAUAUGUGGAGCUGCGUUCAGAGCUAAUGGAUCAUGGGAACUUCUUCCAUACAGUACCACAAUAUACUUCAUUUGUUAUGAAGAAGGUGUUGGCCAGGCAUCAGACAAAUACAUCUUAAUCCUUCUAAACAAAAACUGGACUGAAGCUCAACUGUACUGCAGAAAUAAUCACAAUGAUUUAGUCAGUAUCAGAAAUGAGACAGAAAAUGAGAGAGUAAAGAGCAUCAUAAAAGAUAGUGAAUUUAAUUUCUGGAUUGGCCUCCUGUAUGACAACAUUGAAUGGUCUGAUGGUGCGCAAUCUUCCUACAGAAAUUAUUCAAAAAUACCCGACCAGGAAAAGCAGACAUUACUUACUAUAAAUAAUUCAAAGAAAACAUGGAUACAAGUGUCAAAAACCGGUUCCUACAAUGCUUUGUGCUACAAAAGCUUCAUUCAUGUGAGCUCUGAUGAAAUGUCUUGGGAGGAUGCACAGAAUUACUGCAAUAGCAAUGCUUCUGGAUUACUGCAAAUCGAGUCACAGAACGAUCAGAUAGAAACAGAGCGAGAAUUACGAAGACAGAAGAUUCCUGGUCCAGUGUGGAUUGGACUAAGAUAUAAAUUCACUUCCGGCCUUUGGAUUUGGGCCAAUGGGAGUUUUGUGGAAUCCUGGAUCAACUGGAAAGGAGGUUCUCAACCAGAACAUCAGAUGUCCCAGUAUUGUGGUGCCAUUGAGAAGGUGAACGGUGUGUUCAAGUUGUCUGAUAAAGACUGCGGAUCUAAAUUUAGAGUUGUAUGUGAAAAGAUAUAAUUUGCAAACAUAUCCAAAUGCUGUUAUUUAGAUUCGCUAGAAUGCUUAUUCUGAAUAUCUUGUGAUGUCUGACAUUAGCACUCUCUUUUCCUGGACAAAUGGGUUACCUCUGUAGUUAAAGGAACAGUAUGUAAGAAAUUCAUAUCAGUUAUCAUAAAAUGGCCCUGAUAUGUCACUAGACAUUAAGAAAUCAUUUUCAUUUCUAAUACUUAUAUCACUGACAUCAGUGGUCCAGCCAGGAAAUUGUCAUUUAAAAAGUGGAGUUGCAGCCCUCAACUGAUGUUUAUGUUGUCAUGUUGUGUAUUGGCCACCAGUUGUGUGAUUGCAGUACCAGUUUAAGCCACAAGUUUUAUGUUUGUAAUAUCAGUUUUGGCCACAAUCCUACAUACUGUUCCCAUAAGAAGUGUGUUUCAUGUAUAGGUGUUCCAAUCAAAUGAGUUGCAUGUAAUUUUAUUAAUUUAACAAUUUCUCAUUAAUGUACAUUGAAUAAAUCAGUCUGUUUUAAAGGGGACAUUUCACAAGACUUUUUUUUAAAGUGUAAAAUAAAUCUUGGUUUCCCCAGAUUACAUAUGUGAAGUUUUAGCUCAUAUAUGACAACAUGUUAAAAUUGCCACUUUGUAGGUGUGA